AUGACGACGCGCCUGAGCGAGGACGACAUCUACCGCACCUCCACACAAUACCGGCUAUGGUCCUACUCCCCAGCCCAACUCGCAGCCCAACGUAGAAAGACACACGAGCUCGCCAUCGCCCGAGCGCAACAAAAUGCCAGCAAGGAUGGCGAACAGAAUGGAGCUUCCGACGCCGGUAAUGUCGAGUACCUCACGGAAGAGGAAGAGCUGCGACUUGUACAAAGAUACUGCGUGAAUAUAAGAGCCACAGCCGAGCAUCUGAAAUGGCCCAUCAACGUCAAAACGACCGCGGUGCAGUACCUCAAGCGCUUCUACCUUUCCAACUCGUGCAUGACAUAUCCCCCAUUGGAGAUCUACAAGACCGCCAUGUUCCUCGCUAGCAAGACCGAAGCCAUUCACAUCACAGUGCCGAAGUUCGCGGCCAGCAUCAGGGCGGAUGCGGAUGCUAUUCUGGCGCCGGAGUACAAGUUCAUGCAAGCGCUGCGAUUCACGCUGGAUGUUCGGCAGCCGUUUCGUGGACUCAAGGGGGCUUUGAUGGAGUUGAUGAACAUGGCUGAGGGACUUAUGGGCACACUGGACGGGACAGAGCAAAAGAGUGGAAAGGAAGUGCAACAGACUAUGCUAGGCCUCAAACCCUCUUCAGCAGAGUGCAAAACUCCCUGGAAAGCGCCCUCGGGAACCGUCACCACAACCAACCUCAACGAUCGCAUCCGCGCCGCCUACGACGCCGCCCGCUACCUCCUCGACGCCCCUGCCUCCCUCACAGACGCCUACUUCCUCUACACGCCCUCGCAAAUCCUCCUCGCAGCCCUGCACCUCGCCGACGAACCCCUCACAUCCUUCUACCUCGACACCAAACUCCCCCCAACCUCCCCCUCCCGCUCCAAAAUCCUCUCAACAAUCCAGUCCUGCGCAGACAUGCUAGCAUCAUUCAACCCCAACGCAAGCAUGUCGAAAGACGAGCGCGACGCGCUGGAAAAGAAACUAGAGCGAUGUCGAGAUCCGACGACGAAGGAUUUGAUCAAGAGCCAUGCGGCGAUGAAGAGGAAUGGGGUGGAGGAGGGGAAGGUGGAUGAGGAGAAGAGUAAGCGGAGGAAGCUGGAGAGGGAGAAGAGUAGUAAGGAGAUGGAUGAUUUGUUUGGGCCGAGUUUGGCGCAGGGGAAGGCGAAUGGGAAUGGGUGA